AUGAAGUCCCUGUCUAUUUCUCGGCUCCUCACGGCCGGCUCCCUGGCGACCGUCGCAUACUCCGCCGCCGUCCAGAGGCCCCUCUCGGACGACAACGACGACCACCCCAUCCCCCUCAUUAUUUGGCAUGGUCUGGGCGACUCGUACAACGGAGAUGGCAUCAAGCAGGUCGGCGAGCUUGCGGAGGCUAUCAACCCAGGUACCUUCGUCUACAACAUCAAGAUUGGUGCCGACCCCAACAGCGACCGGUCCGCUACCUUCUUUGGCAAUGUGACGACCCAGCUCGAGCAGGUCUGCGAGGAGCUUGCUGCUCACCCAAUUCUCUCGACCGCGCCCGCUGUCGAUGCCAUCGGCUUCAGCCAGGGCGGUCAGUUCCUCCGCGGCUACGUCGAGCGCUGCAACAACCCCCCGGUCCGUAGUCUGGUCACCUACGGCAGUCAGCAUAACGGUAUUGUCGAAUUCAAGGCCUGUGGUGACUCGGACUUCCUUUGCAAGGGCGCUAUGGCCUUGCUACGCUUCAACACGUGGUCGGGCUUCGUCCAGAAUCGCCUCGUCCCUGCCCAGUACUACCGUGACCCGGCUCCCGACCAGUACGAGAAGUACCUUGAGUCGUCCAACUUCCUGGCCGACAUCAACAAUGAGCGUGAGUUGAAGAACGUCAACUAUAAGAAGAACCUCGCCAGCCUGGCCAACUUUGUCAUGGUUAUGUUCGAGGAGGACACCACUGUCAUUCCCAAGGAGACGGCUUGGUUCGAGGAGGUCAACGGCACUGAGAGCCUGCCGCUUCGCGCCCGUCAAAUUUACAAGGAGGAUUGGAUUGGUCUUAGAGAGCUUGAUCGCAAGGGAGCGCUCCGCUUCCGCCAGAUUCCUGGCGACCACAUGGAACUGACGCAGAAGAAUCUGAACAAGACCAUUUCUGAGUUUUUCGGACCCUUCAAGAAGCGCUUCGACGCCGAGACCAAGGCAACUUUUGCCUCUGAGGAGCUGUAA